UCCCCUUACUCACUUGGGAGUAGAAGAAUAAGAAACGAAAACGAGGAGACGAGGAAAAAUGGAAAAAUGGAAAAUUCGCGCAGUAUAUAAAAAGCUUCGUUCCUCAUCAUUUCUCCUGAUUACUCGCUGUGAGAGCAAGAGGCUAUUCAGUUGCUUUCUUUCAGCUUAGGGCAAGCAAAACGAAAACGCAAUAGAUUCUCUCUCUUUCUUUCUCUCCCAAUCCUCCAUAUUUGUUUCGCAGCUUCUUCCAAAUUCGCUCAGAUGACCGACAAAAUGGACUUGCUUCGAUCCAAUCUAUCGCGUGUUCGGAUUCCGGAGCCUACCAAUCGCAUCUUUAAGCAGGAAUGCUGCCUCUCCUUCGACACUCCGAGAUCAGAAGGGGGUUUGUUCGUUGACUUGAAUACAUUUCUAGCAUUUGGGAAGGAUUAUGUAGUUUGGAACUACGAAAGGACUGGAAAUCCUGUGUAUUUGCACAUAAAGCAAACAAAGAAGUUGGUUCCUGAAGAUAGACCUUCAAAGAAACCUACUCUCUUAGCUAUAGGAGUUGAUGGUGGCUUUGGUAACAAUGAGUCCGAAUACGAUGAAACUUACAAUAUAGUGAUACUGCCUAGUUAUGCAACUCUUCCAUUUCCUUCUGUGGAGCUGCCAGAGAAGGUAAGGUUGGCAGUUGAUGCCAUCUUAUUGGCUGAGGGCGCUGAGCGAAAAGAGCAACUUGCAGCAUGGACAGCUGAUAAGAAGCAGAUUAGUUCAUAUGCGAUGAAUCUGCAGCAGAUUGACAAUGGUGUUAUAGUUCCUCCUUCUGGAUGGAAGUGUGUGAAAUGUGAUAGAACUGAGAAUCUUUGGCUCAAUCUAACUGAUGGAAUGAUCCUUUGUGGAAGAAGAAAUUGGGAUGGAACAGGGGGUAACAACCAUGCUGUUGAGCAUUACAAAGAGACAGGCUAUCCUCUUGCUGUUAAGCUAGGGACAAUCACAGCUGACCUUGAAGCAGCAGAUGUUUACUCUUAUCCAGAGGAUGACAGUGUCUUGGACCCAAUUCUUGGACAACAUCUUGCCUUCUUUGGCAUUGACUUUUCAUCCUUACAGAAGACUGAAAUGACCACUGCUGAAAGAGAGCUCGACCAAAAUACUAAUUUUGAUUGGAAUCGGAUACAAGAAAGUGGACAGGAAGUUGAACCAGUUUUUGGACCAGGUUACACAGGGCUUGUUAAUUUAGGAAACAGCUGCUACUUGGCAGCGACAAUGCAAGUUGUGCUUUCAACGUGUUCAUUCUAUGAAAGAUACUACAUGAAACAAAGUUUAAAAUCGGCUUUUGAAACUGCACCUGCAGAUCCAACUGUUGACCUUAACAUGCAGCUAACAAAGCUGGCCCAUGGUUUGCUAUCUGGAAAAUAUUCUGUUCCUUCACCAGAGAAAUGUGAAAAGAUGAAUUCUUCUUCCUCAGCAAUAGAUGCAAAACAGGAAGGUGUACCACCUCGGAUGUUCAAAGCAGUAAUUGCCGCCAGCCAUCCAGAAUUUUCUACUAUGAGACAGCAGGAUGCCUUGGAAUUCUUCCUGCAUUUUGUUGACCAAGUUGAGCGACUGAAUUCUGGGAGUUCUGGAAGUGAUCCUGCAAGAAGCUUCAAAUUUGGUAUUGAGGAUCGUAUUGUGUGCUCCUCUGGAAAAGUUGCUUAUAAUAGACGGCACGAUUACAUUCUCUCAUUGAACAUCCCAUUACAUGAAGCUACUAAUAAAGAUGAAGUUGAAGCCUUUCAGAAGCUCAAGGCACAACAGAUCUCAGAAGGGAAGGAACUAGGUAGCGAUGAAAUUGUGCGACCUAGAGUGCCUCUAGAAGCAUGCCUUGCUAGCUUUUCAUCUCCAGAGGAGAUUCAUGAUUUUUACAGCACUGCGUUGCAAGCUAAGACUACAGCAACAAAGACUGCAAGAUUAACUUCCUUCCCGGACUACCUGGUCUUGCACAUGCGAAAAUUUGUAAUGGGGGAGGGUUGGGUGCCCAAAAAACUAGAUGUCUAUAUUGAUGUCCCUGACAUCAUCGAUCUCAGUCAAAUGCGUAGUAAAGGACCCCAGGCAGGGGAAGAGCUUUUGCCCGAGGCUGGUCCGGAGAAUGAGUUUCAGUCAAAUAAACCUUCAGCCAACGAGGAUAUUGUUUCUCAGCUUGUGUCGAUGGGAUUUAACCAUCUUCACUGUCAGAAAGCUGCCAUUAAUACCUCGAACGAUGGAGUUGAAGAGGCUAUGAAUUGGUUACUUCUUCACAUUGAUGAUCCAGAUAUAAAUGAUCCGAUCUCCCAGAAGGCCGAUUUUGUUGUUGACCAAACAAAAGUUGACAUGUUGCUUCAAUUUGGUUUUCAAGAAGCAAUUGCGAGGAAGGCCCUAAAGGCAUCUGGCGGUGACAUCGAGAAAGCGACAGAUUGGAUAUUUAACAAUCCUGAAGCUUCUAUAUCAUCAGACUGUUCGGAUGGCACUACAUCAAGCACACCUGCUAACCUCGACGCUGGGCUACCCGAUGGUGGAGAGAGAUAUAAACUGAUGGGAAUAAUAAGCCACAUUGGGACGUCUACUCAAUGUGGUCACUAUGUUGCUCACAUCUUCAAAGAUGGUAGAUGGGUUAUUUUCAACGACGACAAGGUUGGGGUUUCUGUUAACCCGCCUAAGGACAUGGGAUAUUUGUAUUUCUUCGAGAGGCUGAAAGAGUGACAAACCAAUUUCGUCAUAAGCAGUUGAGAAUUCACCCAAAAUAUGGUAAGAUGACGAGAGCUGAGGAGAAAUGGGAAAAUCAUAUUUCAGAUUCAACCGCUUCACCGCUAUGAUCGUUUUGUGGUGAUGCGAUAUUUCUGAUGCAAAAUUUGGAAAGAAAAGUGUCUUGUUGGGACUUAUUUCAUUGCUGUGUAAUGAAUGUCAUUCAAUGUUGGCUGGCUGCCUCCCUUUUCUCCCACAGUAAAUUUGUUCGCAAUUUGUUUCCAUGGUUUCUUUAACCACCGCUUUUCCAAAUUUCUGGAAACUAAAUAUGAAAAUAUAACCAGAAAUCUCGCUGCACUCUAUGAAAAGACCCGAAUAUCAUGCUAAAAGUUAAUUGUAAUUUCUUGUGGUUUUACUUUUA